AUUUGAUUCGCUUGUUGGUCGCACGUUCGCACAUUCACGCAAAAUUAUACGCAGAGACGCGUUCGCGAGUGCGGGUGAAAAAUUAUAGACAUUAUUUUUAAUAUAAAAGUGAUUUAUAUUAAGUUAAAGAUUAAUACAUUAAUUAAUUAUUUGUGCGUUGAUCAAAUUAUUUGAUUAUAAAAAACUGUGAAACAGUGAAGUGACUAUUCUAUUCAAUGGACUGAUUGUGCGCGGACGCAGUAGCAAGCAGUGAAAGUUUAUAAUUCGCCCGUGGGAUAGUCCAAAGACAAAAGAACCGGAGACAAUGGACCACCUGUUCCGGCAUCGGAGGCUUAGUGUACCCAAAAGAACGAGUGAACUCAUAGCGCUUGUUGCCGUAUCAUGCACCUUAUUCCUGUUUCUACACACCAGAGAUCUCAACACGAAACUCCAGCGCAUGCAGCGGCUCAACGAUGACGUCACAGCUUUCAACCAUCUCACUGACAAAAUCGAGACGGACCGCACAGCGUAUGCGUCGGCGCAGGAAUAUAAAGAGGCUUUGGAGGCAUUGCGCAGGAACACCGGCGUUGAACGCCCGAAACCGCAAAGAACCCUCGAAUCAGAGAUUAUACGUUCCGAGGAGGUGUUGCAAGAGUUGAACGAAGAAAUUCUCCCCGAUCCAUGGGAGUUGAAUAACACAGCAAGAUCAGAUGUGGAGCUUUUGUUCUUUAACCGUGUGCCCAAGGUCGGAAGUCAGACGUUUAUGGAACUCCUGCGAAGAUUGGCUAUUCGUAAUCAAUUCGGCUUUCAUCGAGAUGCAGUACAACGUGUAGAAACCAUUCGUCUAGCACCAGCUGACCAGCAGAUCCUGGCCAGCAUAGUUUCUGCCCACACGCCGCCAGCUUCCUACAUCAAACAUGUUUGCUACACAAACUUUACACGGUUUGGCUAUCCAUCACCAAUUUACGUGAACGUGGUCCGUGAUCCGAUAGAAAGAGUUAUAUCUUGGUACUACUAUGUGAGAGCGCCGUGGUACUAUGUCGAGAGGAAGCGAGCUUUCCCUGACCUGCCCCUGCCCGAUCCAGCUUGGCUUAAAAAGGACUUCGAAACGUGCGUACUGAGUGGCGACCGGGAGUGUAGAUAUAUAGAAGGAGAGACUCAUGAAGGCAUCGGAGAUCACCGAAGACAAACCCUGUUCUUCUGCGGACAUGAACCUCAGUGCACGCCUUUCAACACAGCAGAAGCAUUACAACGUGCGAAACGCGUGGUAGAGCAGCAGUACGCGGUGGUGGGAGUUCUGGAAGAUAUGAACUCGACUCUGCUGGCCUUUGAGCGAUACGUGCCUCGAUUCUUCAGAGGAGCCUUAAGGAUGUAUUGGGAGGAGCUAAACACAUUCAACCGGAUCAACCGAAAUGCAUUCAAACCGCCCGUUUCCGAAGAAGUGAAGAACAUCGUCCGCGCGAACUUCACGCGGGAGAUCGAAUUCUAUGAGUUCUGUAAGCAAAGGCUUCACAUGCAGCUGAAGGCUCUACGGGAUCCCGCCAUUACUCUGCCCUCAACACCAAGUGAUAGGAGGAGACUUACGUAUGAUAGAUUAUAAAUAUAUCGCAGUUAUAGAAACAAUAUUCGGAGUCGUUACGAUUAAAAUUUAGUACUUCGUGUAAUAUUUUAUCUGUAAACUGUUUUUAUCUAUAUACUUACGUAUACUACUUUUAUCUAUAUAUAACCCAAUGUUUAUAAGGGUUUGUUUCACAAUGUACGAAUAAGUUCUACAUAAGUUCUAAAUUAGCUAUUUAUUACUUAUUGGUAGGAUAAACACUAUUGUUGCGUUUCACUGUCAGAUAGCGCUAU